UUGCAGUUGUGACUUUUGGUGACUUUAUCAGUAAUAUCAUAUUGUUUUCAUUUGAUAAAUGUAAUUAGUAAUCUAGAUGAUAUGUAGCGAGUACAAAGAGGAUUCGUUCGCCAGUUAUGUAAUGGCCAAACGUUUGUUCCCAAUACUGUUGUUGCAAUUAAAAUGGAUGAUGGUGUAAAUACUGAAGAAACUAAAAGCUUGAAAAUGGGUGCAAGCAGUAACCCUAACAGUGCUAAAAUAGCAACCCUUCAGGAGCGCAAGAAACAGAUUGAGGAGAAGCUGGCAAAGCAUAACCAGGAGCUCCGAGAACUAUGCAUCAAAGAAGCAGAGCUAACAGGCUCAAUGCCUAUAGAGUAUCCUUUAGAGCCGGGAGAAACUACACCAUCAUUUCGAAGGCGUAUAGGUACAGCUUUCCAACUGCCCCAAAACCUGAUUAAUAACAACAGUAAAGAGCAGGAAAUCAAUGAUAUUGAGCUGGAGAUGCAGAUCUUUGCUAAAAUGGCUGAAGCUGCACUUGGCUUGGCAAACGAAAAUAAUGGAAAUAAAACUGUCAGACGCAAGCACAUGGCUGAAUAUCAGCAACACAAACUGAAGUAUAGUGAAUUAGAGGAAAAAAUGCAAUUUCUUAAGACCCACAUACAGAAGCCACAAUUCAAAUUGCCCUCGCCAAAUAAUCAACCCAAGCAAAAGAAAAAGCCUAGGCCCUUAGAUCAAGAUACUGAUACUGUUUCUAUGAGUAUUGAAAAUCCGUUUGGGAAGACUGUGCUGAGACACAGUUUGCGCUCAUUGCAGCAUCCUGUCGUCAUGGAAACCAAUGACCUGCGAUACUCCGUACAAAGUCAUCCGAAAUUGAUAUAUAAGGGCUCGGAUAGUUCUUCUUUGAACGAAAACAUGGCACAUUACAUCAGGCACGAUGAUGCUCUUUCUGGUGGUUUACAUAGAUUGAGUUUAAAUGGUUUCAAGAAUUAUGUGGACGAGAGUCCAAAUGACCAUCAGUACAAUAUCCAUACACAAUCCAGCAAUAAUUUAUAUAAACAACACACUCCCCAAUACAUAAAUCCGUCUCAUACCUUGCCACAUGCAGCCAGAAGAUCUCCACAAUCCCAAUCCUUUACAAAUCAGUAUCAGCAAGACUUAUUAAAGUAUAACAAUAAUCAUAUGCAUAGACAGACAAGUCCUAGCACCAGCAGUAGUUCCAGUGUUAAGUUCUAUCCCAUCCAAGUACAACAACCCAAUUACCGGCAAUACGAUCCUAGAACUAUAAAUCCACACCAGCUCCAACCUCAUCAGCAAUACGAGCAUGAUUGCAUGUCGUCAGGUUUAGGUGGUUAUUGGAAAAGGACCGAGAACGGUGAGAUGUUCUGGUGUAAUUCAUCAACGAGCGAGGUUGGCCCCAAAGACAAAAGAUUUGGAAGUUUAGACAGAAGAAAAAAUAAGCAUAUUCAGCGGCGCAACUCGCCUAAUGUUGAAACGAAAUCCGCAACUUUGGCUUCGGCUCCACCCAGCCACGAACAUAGGAAACCUCAACAGAUCGUUGGACGACACAGGCAAAAUAACAGGCAGUUGGUGCGCACGCAAUCGCUUGGUAGCGUUGGAGGACAAACUAUUGAUUCUGUAUGUCCUAGCGAUGAUAACUCUUCCUGUGGGAGCGAAUCCCUGAGCUACAGCGAACACAGUAACAAUAUACGAAAGCAAAAACAAAAGGAAUGGUAUGAAACGUCCCUGGAUGGACCAGUAAAUGUAACACCAACAAGAUCUCAUUCAACUGUACCGUCGAUUGCUCCAGAAGAUAAAUAUAUGGAGUUUUCUUCGUCGAUACCAUCUCCAUCACCGCACAUCCUUGCUCAAAGCCCACAGACGCCGAAACCGCUGCUGGAAAUACCCGCAGAGACUAACCCGUCCCCCCGUCCAUUGGAGACCAAUUUGGAGAUCUUCAACAACAAUAUACCGAAAAACGGGACUGUCGUCCAACACGCGCAAUGGAAGCCAUAUCACGAAGAAACAAAACCAUUCGAGAUGGCCGAUUUCUACAAGUACUCAACGAAAUACAACAAAUCCCCACAGAAAGCACCGCAGGAGGAGAGCCACCGUACUAGAUCUCAUAGCAUCGGUUUCAGGAACUUGCCUUCACCCCAAAGUACACAAUCCAACGAGACCUUUGAUGAUGAUAAUUCCAUCCAGAAAGGUAUCUAUCAACCUUUGCAGCCGAUGAAGUGCCAACCGUUCAGUCCUGUCAACAAUAGCAACAUAUCCAUCGGUAGUCCGAUGGCGAUGAACACAAGCCUUGAUCUCAGUCAGUUAACACCAAAUGUAGCUGAAAAUUUCUCAGCCGAAAUGAAUGCUUGGUACCAAAAUCACGAGCACCAAGUUGAUAAUAACAAUGCCACUUUAGUAUAAUAAAGGAACAGAAAACAGUAUUUUGGAAUACAUGACAAUGUGAAUGCCUUACGAUGAAGCCUUAAACCCGCCUAGAAUCGAUUAUUGUUAUAUACAUAUUUACAUAUAUUACUAAACUAUAAAGUAAUUAAUGAACCUUGUAAAGGUUAAAGUGCCUUCCUUGUUACAAACAGUAGCUGUAUAUUUUAUAACCUAUUUAUAUUUACGAGAAGUUUAGUAAUAUUUAUAUAAGAUGACAAAAAAUCUACCAAUAAGAUGUUAUUUUUUUUAAGUUUUCA